AUGCUCAGGCGUAGGGCCUGUUUCUGUCUGUUCCCGAGCAGGUUAAAAUAUGGAAAUCGUACUCUUUCAUCUAACCUAAACGUUUGUCAAAAAGAUAAAUAUUUCGAAAAGAGCGAUGUUGCGAGAAAAAUAAAUGACACAAAAGAUGAAAUAUUCGAAGCGCUCAAAAAAGAAGAGCUAGAAUUUAAACUAAAAAAUUUAAAAGAUCAAAAGGCGAGGGAAACUUUCAACAGAAUUCAGGAAGAAUUUCGGGAAAAACAGCGGCAAAGAGUCGACCUUUUGAGGCAUGAUAUUCAAGAUAGAAAGGAAGUUUACAGGGAAAAAAUCAAGGAGAAGACUUUAGAGCAGCGCGAUAAGCUCCGAGAAAAAUCUCUGGAACAACGAGAGAAGUUCCGGGAAAAGUCUAUUGAGCAGCGCGAAAAAUUGAGGGAGAAGUCAAUCGAGCAACGAGAGAAACUUCGCGAAAAAUCGCUGGAGCAGCAGGAAAAAUUGAGAGAAAAAAGGAGGGAGAUACGCGAACGAGCAGUGAGAGAAAAUUGGUACACGAUUCCGAAUGCCAUUAGUUUUGGGAGAAUUGUUAUUGCCCCUGUGACUGGCUACUGUAUCACGCACGGUCAUUACGAAGCGGCUCUUUAUUUGAAUGUUGUUUCGAUGAUUUCUGAUUUUCUCGAUGGGAAAAUCGCUCGAACUUGGCCCUCUCAAGCUAGCACUCUCGGAACAGCGCUCGAUCCUCUCGCUGAUAAAAUAACGAUGCUGGCAGUCUACUCGGCAUUUGCUAUCGCAGGGGAUAUUCCUCUCUGGCUCUUUGGAACGAUUAUUGGACGAGAUGUGGCUCUUGUUUUAGGCACUUCCGUUAUUCGCUACCAAACGCUGCCGCCGCCAAAAACGCUGAAAAGAUACUUCGAUUUCGGACUCGUUUCGGUCAAAUUGAAUCCGACUUGGAUCUCAAAAACAAAUACAGUUCUUCAAUUUCUCCUUCCUGUCUGGCUUCUCACCCAAUCUUCCGGCUUCCUAUCAAGCUACGACUUUUUAACGAUGCCGUUUUGCUACCUGACGUUCUCGACGACUUUCGUUUCUACUCUAGAAUACUUCGUAUUCAGAAGAGAUCUCCUGACGCGCAAGAAAGUCAUCACGAAAGUUGCCAAUUAG